CUCCGCGCCACCUGGCGGCGAAAUACUUCAAAUGCCCGUAUGUAACAAGUGCCCUAAAAAUAUGGCGUCGAAGCUGUAGCAGCGAAUGUGGAGAUAUUACCUGUAAGAUUUUCUUGUUUUGGACACUUGAUUAUUGAUCAUAAUCAUGUUCAAAUCCAAGAAGAAAAAGCCUGCAAUUUCGGACCCAAUAAACUUUGAGCACCGUGUCCACACUGGCUUUGACAGUGAACAAGGUGUUUUCUUCGGCCUACCAGCCCAAUGGACGGGCAUCAUCGGGGUAGAGAAGGAGAGGCCACGGCCAAUAGUGGACCCUUCCAGUAUCACGCAUACAGACAUAGAACCACUCAAGUCACAAGCUAUCAUCCGAGGUCACUCACAGGCAGAUCUAAAUGGGUUUUUACCACCAGCACGGGGUGGUAUCAGUGUGGCAAGGUCAAACUCCUUGCGAAGAGAAAGCCCACCGCCAUACAGAAGGAACUUUAAACCAAAUGCCGACCACCCACCUGUACCCGAAGAUGAGAUGUCACCUGGGAGAUUCAACGAGCACCCUCAAGGACACCCAGGAUACCCACGGGAUCAAAAUGGUCAAAACAGGGAUUACUCUCCCAGGGAAUACAGAGGGGAUCCCCGUGAAUACGGGCGCAAUCCCCAUGAACGGGAUCCGAGAGAUGAGCGAUUCCCUCCUGGGAUGGAUCCGAGAGACCCACGAAGAGAAAUGCGUGAUCCUCGGGAAUAUCGGGGGGAUCCGAGGGAUCCUCGGGACCCAAGAGAUCCAAGGGAUCCUAGAUUUGUCCAUCCAGACCAGCGAGGCCCACAGCGUGACCCCAGAGACUAUUCUCAAGGUGGAACAUUAGAGCGUCGUCAGAAUGGUCCAAAUGAUUAUGACAGAGGACUGAAUAAUUCAUACGGCAGUGAUCCUUAUAAUAGUUCUUUUGAACAGCGAAAUCGUCCAAGGGAUAUGCCCCAACAAAAUAGUAGAUACGAUCAACCAGAUGGGAGGGGUCCCCCCAAUGACCGCCACCAGUUUCACAAUGGAGUUCAGACAAGUCCCCCUCGACCUGGACAACACCCCCAUGGCUUCUCUGAACUGGGACAUCCCAAAUCUCCUGUUGCCUUGCAUUAUGAGAGGGGUGACCAGUCCCCUAAUAAGCCAAACAACAGCCAGCACAUACACCGCCCCCCUCACUCGCCCAAUCAGAAGCCCUCACCCCCAGGCGGCAAGUCCCCGCCCCACAGCAAGCAGCCAGGACCCAGCCCAGAGCAGCAGCGACUUUCACAUGAGCAGUUCCGAAAUGCUCUGCAAAUGGUGGUUUCACCCGGUGAUCCUCGUGAAUUCUUGUCGGACUUUGUCAAGAUCGGAGAAGGUUCAACAGGUAUUGUGUGCAUCGCCAACGACCGAUCCCGAGCCCAACAGGUUGCUGUUAAAAAGAUGGAUCUGAGAAAACAACAGAGAAGAGAACUUCUGUUUAAUGAGGUGGUUGUGAUGAGAGACUACCAUCACCCCAACAUUGUAGAUAUGUACAACAGUUACUUAGUGCUAGAUGAGCUGUGGGUCGUCAUGGAGUUCAUGGAAGGAGGGGCGCUCACCGAUAUUGUCACACACAGCAGGAUGGACGAGGUGCAGAUAGCAACAGUGUGUCGGGCCUGUCUGAAAGCCCUGGCCUUCCUCCACUCCCACGGGGUCAUCCAUCGGGACAUCAAGUCCGACUCCAUACUGCUGUCACAUGAUGGAAAAGUGAAACUGUCAGAUUUUGGUUUCUGUGCUCAAGUUACUAUGGAGCUUCAGAAGAGGAAGUCGCUGGUAGGAACACCGUACUGGAUGGCACCAGAAGUAAUAUCCCGCCUUCCGUAUGGCCCAGAGGUGGACAUUUGGUCCAUGGGCAUCAUGGUUAUCGAGAUGAUAGAUGGAGAACCACCAUUCUUCAACGAACCCCCUCUGCAAGCCAUGAGGCGCAUCAGAGACAUGCCUCCCCCAAAACUGAAGAACACGCACAAGGUUUCUCCAAGGCUUCAAGGCUUCCUGGACAAGAUGUUGGUGCGCGACCCGACCCAGAGAGCCACCGCAGCCGAGCUGAUGCAACACCCGUUCCUACGUGAGGCAGGCCCUCCAUCAUGUCUGAUGCCCUUGAUGAGGAGUUUAAGGAACAGCCCAUGCUGAAGUUCCAAGUCUGUGUUUCAAGCUCCUUGCAUCAUCUACCAGAUAUCUUAAUCCUGUGUUCCUGGCAGGUUGUGCCUAACCCUGUUGUGAGUUUAGGCUUUGACAUAGCAGCUUCCAGAAUACCCCUUUUCUGUAAAUACAUCCAUAUAUGCCAGCUUACAGACUUGUGGUGUAACCCUAUCUUAGUAAAUGGACUGUAUGGGGUGUGUGUUUCUAACAAUUAUCAGCAUGCUGAGAACUUGAAGGCUUUGGGCUGUGUUUUACAUAACCUGUAUUGUGUAAGCUUGCAAGGUGUAUCAGAAGAGGAUAUAUUGAAGACAGCUGUGUGUCAUGAUUACAGAAAAGGGUUCAGAUUCAUUUAGGUUCGAGAAUUAAAGGGCAUAAACAAAACCUUGCUCAGUGUGAACUGAAAGUAUUACUCGGAUGUGUUUUUAAGAGAACUGCAGACGAUGAUUUCAUGUUAUCAUUCUCAUUUGUCACGAAGACUAUGAAGUCAAGAACAAAGGUUAGAUGAUAGGACUCUGGGGUGGACAGUCAGUGAAGAGGGAGCAACUGUAGAUAUAUAUUGUAGUCCAAACUGUAGUCCAAAUAUGACUACAUGGGUACUGUUUGAACUCCUGCAGUCCUUGUACAGUGACUGCCAUUUGUACUCUUGCAGUCCUUGUACAGUGUUUAACAUGAUGUUCUGUACAUACUGUUGUCAAGAAAUGUACAUGCAGUUACAAUUUAGGCAUGAAAGUGUCCUUUUUGUAACCCUGAUGUUCAAAGUUGACAGGGUCCCUAGAUUCCAAUGACAGGGUCCCUAGAUUCCAAUGACAAGGACCCCAGGAUCCCACUUUAUUUCCAGCACUGGUACAUGAGAUAUGGUAAGUUACGCAGGAAGAGGGCUGUGUAUCCUGUAUAAAAAUCUACUUAAUUACAGUUAAUUAGUUUCCAUUGCCCUCGACUGCAAUAACGUAAGCUCUGUCAAAACUCAACAUAGGAAGCAAAUCACCACAUUUUCAUGGAUACCUCGAUUUGAUGUUUCACAUUUUUUUUUACAUUUCUACACAUCUGAUGAAGUAUGGUUUAUGCAACAAAGAACUGUGGACUACUUGGUGUCACAGAGUGUGCCUUGAAAUACAUGAUAACUUGCUAUGAAAGUAAAGAAAAUGGAUAUUUGUUUUGUAUUCACAACAUGUUGUACUAUUCCAUCCAUGAAGACUUCACCUACAUGAUAACACUGCACUCCGCCCAUUAAAAGACCAUGAUUUGUGUACAUUCAAGUUCACGGUUUGUACAAAUACCUGCGACAACAUGAACAAAGAUAACACGAUUAAGUCAAUGUGAAUUAAUAAUUAUAUUUUAUCAAAUUAACAAUGUUAUUUUAUCAUGGCUUGACCAUGGCUGAUAUUUUGUCACUUAUUGACUUUCGGUAGAUGACCAAAUGCCCUGGGCCCCAUUCAGCAAAAUGAUCUUGCGCUAAGACAGUCGUAACUCUAGACAUACGACAGACAUAGGGCUAAGAUGGCUUUGUGGAACAUUGCUCUGACCUGGGAUGAACAGGGCCCCAUUCGACCAAGCGAUCUUAAUGCUAACACGAUCGUAAUUCCCAUACUUUAAUGAUAGACUUAUGACAGUCUUUGCACUAAGGUCGUGUUAUCAAAUUGGACCAUGGUCAAUAAUAUGAAGAAAAACAAUGGCACUUGCUACAUUUUUAGGAAUAAAAGCGAGUAAACGUCUGUUAAACAUUUAAUGUGACAGGUGCAAUCUCAACCUGACCAAUUUGUGCUUCGUGUCUGUACGGCGUGUAGACCAUCAUAGGACCAAAAAGUGUUGUUUUGUGAGCAGUACGACAAUCACAGCCCAGUAUGCAAGUAUGGCAAUAUCUUAACAAAACCAAAUCAUGGUCGUUGAUCUUGCCUUGGUUUUAUACAGCAGUGCUAUUUGACAACAAAUCGCACAACCUUAUGCAAACCAGUCCAGAUUUUACAGGAAUAUUUUGAUAAACACAUUCGAUUUAAGCAUUUCUCUUGUACUAAGUGUCUUAAAUUUUCAUCCUAGUUCCGUCUUGAUAUGUGAAUCAUUGCCAGUGAGCUCUGCUGUGCGGCGCAGCAUAGCGCAGUAGUGCUGAGGUCCUGCAACAGAUCAUUCCAUCAAUCUUUAAGAAAUGUUCCGUCACCAACACCAUUUGGACUGAUCCCAUCUUGCGCACAUAUCCGAGCAAAAUUUAAUUAACUGACUUCAGUGAUGGGAAAUGAUCGUAAGUUGUCAUCAGGUGAUUGUGGUGCGUUACAUUCAUGACAGAUUUACAACUCCUUGUUCAUAAUCUCUGUGAAAAGUAAUGUGUAUAUAGAAUUUCCUAAUUUCAUGUCUUGAUAUUAGCAUUGUAUGCUGUAAUCCUUGAUGAUCAAAAUACUCCUAUAGCCAAGACUUAUAACCUGCGAUAGAGUUAACCAAAGUUAUUUUCUUAACAUCUCAAACAUAAUAUGUAUCUUAUGUAUGAAUUUAGUUCACGUGAGGUUAAAAUGAAGAUUACGAUAUUAUGUUAUCAAAUGUGAAAGUGUUUUGUUUUCAGGACUGCAAAAUAUUAUCUUUGGUGGUGUGAUAAAAAUAAUGUUUCUUUAGAAACUGAAUACAUCAAAGAUGUAUUUCAAAGACAUUCCCAGAGUACAUUCUGAUGUGUAUUGUAAGAUAUAAUCUUUUUGUAUCAAUAUUUAAUGAUAGAAGAAUUGAAUCUAAUAGCUGGGCUGUUUGGGAUUUUAAAAAAGAAUUACAUUUAUAGUUCUGAUGGUUUUGAAAUAUCUAAACUAUAUGUACUGUAUGGAAGUUAAAAGAUAUCUGGAAACAUGAACUUAUUUAGCUGCACAUAUGAUGUCAGCUUCCUUAAAGUUGAUAACUCAUUGGAAUAAUAAAUAAGUGACACUCCUUGUAGAGACAUGCCCAUGGCUUUAACCAAAGAUGGAGUCCUAUCUGAAUUGAAUUCUUCCACUGGUGUAAGUGGUCCUGUUUCUACCUUGAUCGUGUAGCCUCACCUGUUCCAUCGUCAGUACUUCAAGGGUUGGUUUACAAAUGCUCCUCCAUCAUCAAUGAGUACAUGCGGCCGAUUGCAGCAAUAAACAGCGCCAGUUGUCUGCCUGAGACCAGUGAAAAUGUAGAGGGACUAGUUGUUUCUCCAAAACUGAAGCUUUUUUACAUUAACUUCUUGUCCUAAAUGAGCUGUGGACUAGUUGGAUAUAAACAAUGGUGCCUAUCCCUGCAUUUCAGUGUACUCGCUAAUUCGGCAACAAAUUGAACAACAAAUUGACAUGACCCGUGAAGAUCCGGAGUAGAAAGUUAUUCAGCAACCCAUGCUUGCUGUAAAAGGCGACUAUGCUUGUCGUAAGAGGCAACUAUCGGGAUCGAGUGGUCAGACGUGCUGACUUUGUUGAUGCAUAUCAUUGUAAACCAAUUGCAUGGAUUGAUGCUCAUGAUGUCAAUCACUGGAUUGUCUGGUCAAGACUGGAUUAUUUACAGACCGCUUGAAUAUUGCUGAGUGCGGUGUUAAAGAACGAACAAACAAACAAAAACAAAUCGACCUAUCUCUCAGACCAAUGGGUGCUUGCUCUACAACACAAAUGACAAUGUUUGUUACUUGGCAUUGUGUGCAACAUGUCCCAUAACCCAUAUUUUCUGCCCUCCAUAUCACUUCAAUAUCAGGCCAGGAUUUGCCUUGAAAGCUCGGUGAGUUGCACACCAACUCAUUUCAUUACCUGACUAAAUGAGGCAUGCAUUGAUGUUACACCACAUAUCAGGCAAAGUCUGUAUUCACUUGUGAUGGAGGAAUGUCGUGUACCUAUACCCUUGAAGUACUGACAAUAUAUCUGUAACAUUUAAUAUUGAUGAAUGCCAUACUAAUUAAUCACAUGCAAAUAUUAAGGAGAGCAAAAUGUGAUCUUAGUUUUGGUUCUUUUAACCUUCACAAAGCAUUACAGAAACUGGAAGUAUUGUGUAUAUUCCUGUACACAAGUAACUUUCUACAUUGUGUGUAUUCACAAUAGAACAAUGUUCUACAUUCUGUGUAUGUACAGUAGAACAGUAUACCACUUUAUCCUGUUAUUGCAUUUUUUGCCCCAUCUGUCUGAUGUAUUGCUGUAGAUAGUAUAUAUAUAAUCAUACCGGUAUCCUAAACUUGGAAUGAAUAGCAGUUCUAUAAGUAUACAUAUAUAUUUUUACAGGACAAAUGUGCUAUUUCUAACCUGACCAUUUUGUAAACUCAUUUUGUACAGCUGUAGAAUAGCGUGUUUUUAAUGAUUAUAGCUGAUUCUAACCAUGGUAACCAUAGGUUUGGGUUUCUCAGAUCAUCAGUUAUUAAACAAAGGGAAGUCAUGAUUUGUGUAUUAAUCACAUUGUACAUUGCCAUCUCCUUCAUACCAGUGAUCAAAUGCACACCAGCACUUGAAGCAGAGUUGCAUCCCUUAUGCAUGACAGGAUUCGCAGAUUGUCGCCCAGAUUCACUCUGGUUCUCACCCUGGUUGUCAUGGGUUCAAUCGAAGUGGUUAACAUCUGCGGCAAUCCAGGGUUUGAAUGCCAGAAUCAUGUUGAAGAUGAUCCUUGGUUUGUCACCACAUACCAGUGUACAUGGGUUACACCAGGGGGUAAGCAUCUGCAGCCUGUGUCAUGGGGUCCCCUUUCACAACAAGCCGACACACUUACUGAUAUAAUGUUCAAAGCAGUUACUCACUCAUCAUACUUCUGUAACUGUCUUCAUAUGUACUGCAUAUACUAAACGGUCGCUAUUUGGCUGUGAUAUUGCCAAUGGGAUGUUAAACAUUAACUCACUCACUUGCAUAUGCUUUGUGUGUACUCAUUGUUCACAUGUCAGCUAUCAGUUGCCUCAGUUUGGUCAGUGUGGAUUGCUGCUUUGUAUUUGGAAGCUAUUGUUUGGAGAAACGUGAAUAUUUAUCUUCACGAUAUCAAUGAAAUAGUGAAUCUCAUUAAAAUUUGAUCAAAGUGUUUGCUACUGCUACACAAAGAUCUUAGGACAACCCAUUACAGGUCAUAACAGAAUACCUUUCGCAAUCUUUAACCGACAAAUGAAAUGACUCACAAGAAAUCAACAUUAGCCAAUCAGAAAGCAGCCCUCUCAAGCUUUAUGGCACUAGUUUCAAACUUGCAACUUCCAUUCCAGACUACAUUUUGACAAAGUUCUCGAUUCAAAAUUUGAAAACUGAACAAAAGAACAUUUUGGAACGUCAGAGGGCUGACAUUAUAUGGCAGUACUUCCCAUGGCUAUGGAAAGUCUCAUCCGUCCUUAGAUAUCGUAAAGCCCAUCGUUCAGAAGACCGUGUUAUCUUACAGGUUGCAGGAUUAGAAAACAAACACCAACUAUCACUUUCCCGAUCUGGUAAGCAACGCUCUGAUGAGUCGUUCUGAUGUGACCCGUAGUGGGAUGUCGAAAGGUCUUUCUUUAGCAGUAGCCAGAACUAAGAUCUCAUUUCAAUGAGACUGUGUAAUAGUUUAGUUUGCAACGUCAUCAAUUAUGUACAUAUCUCUCAAGGAAAUAUAAUGGCUGUUAGAAUCAAAAAGUAAAGGUUACAGGACUUCAUAAGAUCAUUUUAUUUGUUAACAUUAACAUAUCGAGAAAACUACACACAUGGGUAAUGAUGGUAAUGUCUUUACCAUCAACUCUAUGUAGUUUCAAUUGUGCCAUGCUUAGGUCGUGUGACAAAUAGUCAGAAUAUUUGAAUUAAAUCGUAAUAUAGCAACACAGAGUAGGUAGGUAGAUGGACUAGACGGUGAAUGCUUUUGUUAAUGCAGCAAGUAACUUAUUGUCUAACUGUACAGAAACGUUUGAACGACACAUUUUGAUCUGAUCAGUGUUGCUAGAUUUUAUAGUUUUAGAGAGCUGCUUCUACUUUGAACCAACUUAAAAUGAUAGCUAUUGUAUUAUAAAAAAUUGUGAAUUAUUAAUUUUUACUUUUCAUACAUAUCAUUGCUCUGAUGCUGCCUUUUUGUAAUUAUCAUCCUUUUGUUGCCUCAUAAUUAUGAAUAAUUAUUUUUUCUAUAUAUGAUCAUUUAUGAAGUAUAUUAGCUGUUUUAGUCAAGAUUGAUGUGUUUUAUCUAUGAUGCCAGUGAAAAUAUUAUUGUAAGUAUGUAUAUACAAAUUUAUUGCUCGUUCUGUAAUGUAGAAUUCAGUGGUAGAAAUAAAAUACUUUCAAGAAUUUAUUUUUUCAAUCAAGUAUGGGCAUAUUAUUAGGGUUAAAUCACAUAUUUAAAUUAUAGCAGUUUAUAUUUUUCACUUUAAGUAUACAUGUUAAUAUUGACUGGGCCAUGGUUGGGCAUUGCCCUUAUUUAGUAAAAACAACUUUCAAUCUAAGGCUGCCCUUUGUGCAUCUUUUCAUCACUUCUAUUAGAGGAAUUAAUGUAUUGUAUCCCAUAGCUUUUGAAACUUCACAGAUAUACUUCAUUCUUGCCAAUAUAGAUCUUUCAGAGUUGUCCCCCUUUGAUUGGGUUUUCAUAGUACAAAUAUACAUUAACGAAAUAUUGAUUAUCAGAUUCCAUAAUGCUUUAAUUGGAGGUAGUUGUGAUAUCACUGUACUUUGGUUGUGCUCCUCCUGUUGUAUGAACACUUUUACUGUGGUUCUUCGUGGAAUUUUGUUGUGAUAGAUAUCUCAUUUUGAAAUGUAGCGAAGAUCUUACUGAACUGUUUUCUGUAUACUGUAAUGUUUAAGUUGGUGUAGUCAUCAAAGAAACUGUCUUAAGGUACGGGUUGCUGAAGUGGGUUCUCUUUGUAAGCUCUAGUGAAUGUAACACCUGAAGAAACUGUUCAAGAACAGACCAGAACCAGUCAGUUACAUUAGGUGCAUUAAAAGUCUUUUCAUUGUAUGUUUAAGCAUAUAUUAGCAAAACGCUUUUCUCAUGUAAUAUACCUGUUUUAUGUUCAUGAAAUAGGUACAUAUAUUUCACAUAAGGAUAUUUGAAUGAAUGAUCUUCUUUAUUUCAGGUUUAAGAUUUGUAAGUUCUCAGUAAAACUUGGUAAAAGACAUAUAUCACCUAUGACGUAUAUAUCUGUUGUUACGAUAAGAUUAAUUGAUGAUAAUUUUCUUGAUGAAAACCCUCAUUGUGAUCCUUAUUUCACAGGUUGUGCUACAAGCCUGAUUAUUGCUAUGUUGUACAUUAUUGUAUAGGCACAGCUACAGCAGGCUUUUAGUUUUCAAAAUAACUCUAGAUGGAGCUUAGAUGAAAAUAGCAUCAGCUACACCCCCGAGCCUACUGUGAAAUAGACACAUAUAACACACUAAUGGCAAUAAAGAUAUUUGUAUAACAUUG